AUGAUUGUACUUCUGGCAUCAGUCGUCACUUCUAUCACCGCCAUUUCCACAUGCGCUAUUUGCACGAACGGUGAUGUGAAAGGAGGAGGAGCCUACUUUUUGAUAUCUCGCUCACUAGGACCAGAAUUCGGUGGUUCUAUCGGCUUGAUCUUUUCUGUGGCAAAUGCGGUCGGUGCAGCCAUGUAUGUUGUUGGUUUCGCCGAAACAGUAAGAGAUCUUCUGAGAGAAGCAAGUAUGAAAAUAAUUGACGCCGGCAUGUGGGACGUUCGGAUAGUAGGAUUUGGUAUGUUUUGUUCGGUAAUGUUUAGUGACGUGCGCAGCUCUGAUGGGUAUCGUUUUUAUUGGUACAGCGUUCGAAUCGAAAAUGCAAAUGGGCUUACUAGUGAUAUUAUUAGCUUCGAUUGUCAACUAUAUGGUUGGCUCAGUUCUUCCAAUAAACGAAGAGAUGGAACUGCGAGGUGCCACAGGAUACAGCUGUAA